UGCCAUAGACAACAUGAUUCUGUUUCUGUCUGAUUUUACCCAGUAGCCGUGUUUAGAAUCAAACUAUAGCAGGUCUAAAUAUUUACAACACAUCUUUAUAACACGUUUGUAGCCUAUUUUCAAUUUAAACCCGUUUUGAAAAAGAUUACGUUUUAAUUCGCUUUUAAAAGAUUUGCAGCUUAGCCUUUACAGAUUUAUUAACUUAUAAAGUUAUACAUAGUUAUACAUAGUUAGUACUAAAUAUUUGAAGCUUGUUACUAGCUUAUUUAACUGGUUUAACUCGCUUACCGGUUCCGUUCCUUUUCCACCCGGAUACACUUGCUUUACUUAAUUCUGUCAGUUCUGCAGGACCUGGUUUUAUAACCCAGUUUAACUGUAGUGCUGGAGCCGAUCUCUUCCGAAGUGGCUGGACACCUUAAAAGAUGUCCCGGAUUCUGAUCGUUGGAGCAGGCUUGACAGGCAGCUUGUGCGCAUAUCUGUUGAAGAGAGUGCUGCAGAGUAAAGCUCAGUUGGUGGUGUGGGACAAAGCAAAGGGUGCAGGGGGUAGGAUGUCUACCAGCCGUCCUCCUGACCCUACAUCUCAUUCCGCUGACCUCGGAGCCCAGUACAUUACAGCCACCUUUGCAUACGCUCAAUCCCACAGCAAUUUUUAUACAGAGUUGCUGUCAGCUGGCCUACUUAAGCCACUGGACUGUCACAUCGAAGGUCUACAGCACAAAGAGGGAAACAAGAAUUAUGUAACACCACUGGGGACAAGCAGUGUGGUGAAACACUUCCUGUCCGAAUCAGGAGCUGAUUUGUACCUGGAAUAUCAUGUGACUGGCCUACACCGCUGUGGAGCAUCAUGGAAAGUGGAGAGGAAUGGAGGCAAUGAGAAGUUUGACGCUGUUGUCUUGACAAUUCCUGUGCCUCAGAUCCUUCAGCUGCAGGGAGACCUGGGGAACUUACUGUCUGUCCAGCAAAGAGAGCAGUUGGAGGGUGUCAGGUACUCAUCCCGCUUCGCUAUCGCACUCUUCUUCUCUCCGGAUGUUGUCUUCAGUUUUUCCUGGGGAGCGCGGUACAUCACUGACAGCCACUGCAUCCGCUACAUCGCUGUGGACAACAAGAAACGCAGCUCAGAUGCUCCAGGUCUCGGUCCAUCCCUUGUCGUCCACACCAGCGUUCCGUUUGGUCUGGAGCACCUUGAGAAUGAUAAGGAUGCCAUCCAGCCGAUCAUCUUGCAGGAGCUCCACAGGCUACUCCCUGACCUACCUCAGCCAGUCAGCAUCAAGUUUCAGAAGUGGAGGUACUCCCAGGUGCUGACCUCAGUGCCCAAUUGUCCAGGCCACAUGACUAUCUUGGAGCAGCCGCUGCUCAUCUGUGGAGGAGAUGCUUUCACCCACUCCAACUUUGACGGCUGUGUGGAAUCUGCACUGAGUGUGUGCAGAGCACUUCAGCUCUCACUAGAUGUCAAUCAGAACAUUUCUCUCUAAUUUGCACAUUUAUCCACAUAUUGACUGGGGUCAUUUACCUAAAUGCAUCAAUGAUUCAAAGAUAAAACCAAAGAUGUCUUGGUUUUUCUAAGAAUAAAUGAUUGUGAUUAAAAACUUCUCUCUACACCUUCCA